AGAGAGAGAGAGAGAGAGAGAGACGUGGUAGGAAACAUGAAAUCGAAAGUGAAAGAAAAUAUUCAACAAGACUUUUAACUCUGACAAGUGAAAUUUAGGAAAGAAAAAAGAAAGAAAGAAAAAUACUGAUAAAAAAUCUAGCGAAACCUCUCUCGUGAAAAAAACGGAAAAUUUUCAGUAUUUACGAGAAAAAGACGUGAAAAAAAUCAAAUGAAAAAAGAAAGAAGUGAAGAAGGAACAUGAAUAUUAGUAGCAGUGGUGGUGACGGUGAUGAUAGUGGUUGAGUGUUACUAGUAAUGGUGGUGGUCAUUUAUUAUCAGUUUAUUUCACCUGUUCCACCUUUAAUUAGCGUGGCUUGUCCCCCAAGACUCACCUGAGCCUGCCAAAGAAACGUGCAUCCAAACAAUAUUUCGUCUUUCAUGUGCGUCAAACGAGAAAAAAAGAAAAAAAAAGUGAAAGAUGCCAAGGAAAAUAAAACGAAAAAACGUGGAUGAAGAAACCUAAUCAGUGGAAAGUAAGGAAAAGCACAGAUUAAAAAUAAAUCUUGGGAAAGGAAAACGAGGAAAUUAUCAAGAAAAAUAUAAGAGAUUAGUAUAGGAAAACAGAUGAUAAGGAAUUAGUGAAAGGAAAAGAAACGAAGAAAUAAAAGAAGAUACGUCGAAAGGAUAAAAAAAAAGGAUCAUUUAAAGGAAAAGGAGGAAAGAAGAAAGCAGGAACAAAUAAGAAAGAAAAAAAAGUUAAAAAGAAUUAUAAGAAGAGGCAAAGAAGAAGCAAAAUCUUCAAAGAGAAAAAUUGUAAUGAUGAAGUAACAAAAAAAAAGAAAAGAAAGAAAGAAAAAAAGGCAGAUGAAAGACUUAAUCAAAGGAAACAGGGAAGAAAAAAGAGAAAACCUGGUAAGAGACAAGUAAUGGUAAACUAAAAAUAAACAUGAAGAUAGACACGAAGAUAAACUGAGGAAGUGCACUGCUGAAAAUAACUCACACAGUAAAAUAACGAUAAAUACAAAAUUACUAAAUAAAAAAGGAAAUGAAAGAGAGAAAGAAAGAGAGAGAGAGAGAGAGGAAGAGAAGAAAAAAAGUACACGACAAGUAAAAAUAAGAAUAAAUAGAAAUAACUAAUCUCAAAAUUGAAUAAUACAAAAAAAAAGUGAACCAUUUGAAAAUUACAAAGAAAAAAAAAGAAAAAAAGAUGGAAAUAUUAGGACUGAAUGAAUGAAUAAGAGAAAAAAAAAGGAAAUGAGAGAGAAGGAAUGUGCUUGGUAAUCUUAAUGGCUGUGUGUGGGAAACAAUGGCAGAGAAAGGGUGUCUGUCUGCCUGUUGUCUGUGGCUGCGGAAGCACUGCCCCGUCAUUCCCUGGGAGGAUGGUGAUGACGAGGAGGAAUCACCGAAAAGACCCUUAACCCCAAAAUCAAAACAAGAACCAGAACAACAACAACAACAACAACAACAACAGCCAGUCAGCUUACAGGAACAGCAGCGUUCUCCCUCUUUCGACCAAUCACGUUACAGUUUGUCCUCGACGUGUAGUGACCUUUCUGUGACCUCGGAAGACCCCCAGAAUACGUCCCACCCCCGCGCCACCAAGUCCUCCUCUUUGACCUCCUGUACUCGCAACCUAAGCACACGGGCGAGGUCACUGUCCGUGGUCAGUGGCGCCUCCAUUCUUAGGUCAAAGGUUAGGAUGGCAUUUUUCCAGAACCGGUCACUCAGUCUGGUGGACAUGUACAUCGACACCUCAGAGCCCACGGAAAACGUCGGUCAGAUUCAAUUCUCCAUGGAAUACAACUUCAACGAGAUGACGCUUAUUCUGCGGAUCAUGCAGGCGAAGGAGCUCCCUGCGAAGGAUCUCAGUGGCACCAGCGAUCCUUACGUCAGAGUGACACUAUUGCCAGACAAGAAACACAAGCUGGAGACGAAGAUUAAGCGGCGGACACUACACCCAAAAUGGCAUGAGACCUUCUACUUUGAAGGUUUCCCUAUUCAGAAGCUGCAGAGUCGCGUCCUUCAUCUCCACGUGUUUGAUUACGAUCGGUUCUCCAGGGACGAUUCCAUAGGGGAGGUGCACAUUCCCCUCUGUCAGGUGGAUUUCUCCGAGAAGAACAAUACAUUCUGGAAGGCACUACACCCCUUGGAGAAGAACAAGUGUGGGGAGAUUCUCACGUCCCUUAUGUAUCAACCCUCCACCUCCCAGCUCACCCUUACUGUCAUCAAGUGCCGCAACCUCAAAGCAAAGGAUAUCAACGGGAAGUCAGAUCCCUACGUCAAGGUUUGGCUGUACUUUGGUGAGAAGCGAAUAGAGAAGAAGAAAUCUGAGGUCCAAUUCUGCACCCUGAAUCCCGAGUUUAACUUCAGCGUGAUGUUUGAGGUUCCCUGGGAGAGGAUCAGAGAGUGCCAGCUGAACGUGACCAUAAUGGAUCACGACAAAGUGGGCAGGAACGAGGCCAUCGGCAAGAUUAUGUUAGGCAAGGCAGGCAGUGGCACCUCGGAGACUAAGCACUGGAGCGACAUGAUCACCAAGCCGAGACAGACAGUGGUCAUGUGGCACCGCUUGAAGCCCGAGUGAGCCUCCAUGGCACUUCCUGCCCUCCCCUGGCACCCCUCCUGCGUGAGGUGACGGGGGAGGGAAGGAGGGGAGGCAACGACCGACCAACCAACACCACCACUACCCACCACCACCACCACCACUAUCACCAGCAACUACAACUACAACAACUGCAAUCUGAAUCUCGCUCAACCACUGCGUCUCGAACCCUCGAACCCUGAGAAGGGGAGAAAUUGAAGUCAAAAUUAAUUAGAUAAAAAAAAAAAAAUAAUGUAAUUCUCAAUAAUUCAUGUCAAUCACGUAUUUGAAGAGAACUGUUGCAUAUCUGUCCGUACGUACGUGCAGUCUUCACCCCAUGGUAGUUAUAGCGGCGAGUGUGUGCGUGCGUGCGUGUGCGUGUGUGCGUGAGUGAGUGAGUGUGCGAAUGCGUGUGAGUGAGUGCACCACCACCACCACUACCACAGCAGUAGCGGCGUGUCCGGUGUGCGAGUGCCCUCAACCUACCUGUCUCCCCCGCACGUCGCCGGCCGCCCCCACCCCCCACCCCUGCAGCGCUGACUCGAGCCUCCUGAAGGUACCAACCACACGUAUACAAUCGAAGCGAAGUCAAGCGUUCCCUGUAUGAAUGUAGCUGACGCCACUGCACGCAACCCAAGCGUCACCAAUAUGCAAGACUAAAGCUGUAGUCGACUGGCUAAGCAAGAUACACAAACACGCUCCUAAGCAAAGUAAAUAAGUAAGCAAGCAAACCAGCAAGCAAGCAAGCCAAGCAAGCGUCACUACCUCCCCCUUUAUUACCCUGGCCGCCUUAUCCAGCAACAUGAACUACGUAACUACUCCCUAAACGACGCACAAAAGAUGAUAAAGAUAAAAAAAAAAGACGCGACGCUGUUAACUGUUUCCUUAGCGUUCGUUCAUUCCUUGGUUGAGUGUUUGAUUGACGCGAAACACACUUGCUUUUAAGACUCGGGGCUCAGGGGACAGCACCCACCCCCGCCUCCCUCCCCCUCACGUCACCCACCGCCCCCCUGCCCCGCCGUGACUGGACAGGCUCCACUAAGAAUUCUAAGGGGGGCGUGGGUGAGGCCGCGGCGAGGUGAGGUGUGCGGGCGUGGCAGUGCUUCGCCCCAGCCCGAGCGUUUGUUAGCGGGAGGCAGCCUCGGUUAUCUCUUGUUAUCGUUGUCGUGGUCGUUCCGCGUUGGGUGGCGGUGCCCGGUGGGUGGUGGGCGCCGCGGGGCCUCGGCAGCCUCGCCACCAACCACCCGCUUGCACUUCAGUGUUUUUCACGGCCCGCCGCCGCCGCCGCCGCCGCCGGUGCCGUUCUUUCGUAUUGUUUGAUAGAAAAUGGUGGAGUUGUAGGUAAAGUUUUUUUUUUCUCCUCAGAUACUGUUUGUAAUGGUCAUAUACAUAAUAUAUAUAUAAAUAUAUUUUGCUUUCCUCGGUUGAUACAUGGUAGGAUCUCUUUGUAAUAUAUUGUAUAUGUGGCUCAAUACAUAGAGAUAUAUAAAUAUAUAUAUAAAAAAUGAAUAUAUGAAAACAACUUUAGCGUAGUUAAAGAUAAAAAAAAAACAACCCCCUAAAAAAAUACAAAUAAAAAAAAAGACAAAGCAUAACUCUUGAAGUACCGCGGAGUGACACACACGGGACGGUCGCCGUGAGUCGCGGCGUGCGCAGUGCUGCCAGGCUCAGCGUCAAGGUCUAGCGAAUGGGAUGGUGGACCUUACAGCACGUGCCAUACACUGAUAGACAUUAACAUAUUACUGUAUUGGACGGGGGAGUCGCGCCUGCCGGGCCGCUCCCUCGCUUUGAUCAAGGCUUGUUCUAACACCCCUCCCCUCCCCUCACCCCUCCACCUCAACCAUAGCCCCCUUCCCCUCUCCAUGUCCCCUCCCAUCACAUCUCCCCAGCCAGCUCUCCUCCUCCACUUCCCCCUCCUUUAUACUUUGACCAUCCCUCGCCUUCCUCAGCCCACGACCCUCCCCGCCCCCCUCCCCCUCCACCACCACUCCUGCCUUCACUCAAUUGACCAUUCGCACAGGGCAGCUAAUUAUCAUAUUUUGGGGGGUAUGUACGUGUCUUUUGCUGUUUAUGUGUGUGUACGUAUUAUGUAAACAACUAGGCAACCAACGAAAGGCUCUCUCUCUCUCUCUCUCUCUCUCUCUCUCUCUCUCUCUCUCUCUCUCUCUCUCUCUCUCUCUCUCUCUCUCUCUCUCUCUCUCUCUCUCUCUCUCUCUCGGAUCCAAAGAGCUGGCCUCCAGAUCCUCUUUUUUUCCUUUUAAAAUCUUGAAGCCUUAAAUGAUUGAAACUAUAAUCUUUUCCUCUUCCUCCUCCUCCUCCUCCUCCUCCUCCUCCUCCUCCUCCUCCUCCUCCUCCUCCUCCUCCUCCUCCUCCUCUCCUCUCGAAAUCAGGAGUUGUCCCAUCAUUCACUGUACUUAAAGCUGUUUUUCGCCUCUUAAUGUACAGUAAACUAUUUCUUAAGGUAAAGACAACAUGCAGUCCUUUCUUCUUCCUCUUGCCUUCCUCUUCCCUUCCUUGCGUUUCCCUUUUCUCCCUUUCAUCCUCCUCGUCCUGCUCUUCUCUCCUCCUCCACUUUUCUCUCCUUCACACCACUCCAUAGCCCCUAAAUCUCUUCCGCAAAUCCUCCUCCUCCUCCUCCUCCUCCUCCUCCUCCUCCUCCUCCUCCUCCUCCUCCUCCUCCUCCUCCUCCUCCUCCUCCUCUUCCUCACUCGAGUUUCUGGUACCGUUGGGAUCAUCUUUACCACACACACACACACACACACACACACACACACACACACACACACACACACACACACACACACACACACACACACACACACACACACACACACACACACACAUUGGGUACACAUUAUUUAUGCAAAAAAGCCUAAGAACCAAACCCACACACACACACACACACACACACACACACACACACACACACACACACACACACACACCUGUAUAUCUGUAUAGUGGUGGUGAAGUAGUUUGUGAUGUACUAUAGGUUACUGUGAUCGUGAAAUAUCCUCUCUCUCUCUCUCUCUCUCUCUCUCUCUCUCUCUCUCUCUCUCUCUCUCUCUCUCUCUCUCGCUUCCCCCGUACUUCGGAUUCUAGCCAAUGACAACGCACGUCUUAAUUGUGUUUUUUGGACCAAUGAAGCACCGUAUCUCUUAAAGAGGGCGUGGCCUUUAGCGAAACCAGCCAAUCAACGCGUUGCUCCCUUCCCCUGACAGCCAAUCGCAGUGCUUUAUUCUGGCUGGUGACAUAACUCUGAAAAAAAAAUAAGAAAAGUGAAAAAUGGAAGGAAAUUAUAAUGGUAUUCAAAUUGACCUUGAGUAAAAGUGAUAGAAAAGUUAUUAUAGACGGUAAAUGAAUAAGUCGACGUGUGUGUGUGUAUGUAUGUAUGUAUGUAUGUAUGUAUGUAUGUAUGUAUGUAUAUGGUUUACUCACAGACCCAUAUGUGGUUAGUAUACACACAUACAUACGCACUCUCUUCGGCUUGUGAUACAUAUCUUGCUGUUUUCUUUUUUUUAUUAUUAUUCUUUUUUAUUAAUAAUAUUAAGAUGGUAGAAGAGAAAAAAAAAGGUGAAAUAAUAAGUUGUGAUGAUAAUUACUGUGAUAAUAAUAAAUUUCCCUCUUGUAACUUGAGAGGAUGAAUAGAAAACGAGAGAAAAAAAGACAAAAAAUUUACAGUAAUAAACCAUUUUUUAUCCAUUAAGAAGAAAACACGAAAGAAAUAUAUUAUUAAAAACAAUGAUGAAAAUACCAAUACUACUAUUACUACUACUACUACUACUACUACUACUACUACUACUACUACUACUACUACUGCUACUACUAACUAAAAAAACAGUAUUGCCAUCAGUAUUUCCUUGUUUUUUUCUAAGUGUUGUGGUGGGCGAGCGUGAUAUGAGCGUUGUCAAGUCACUCUGAACGAUCCUUUCUGAGGCAUCUCACAACCCGAGCGACCAUGAUGUUGAUAUUUCAGAGUCCUUCAGUCUGUAUCAAAGCCUUUCGGAUAUUUCCUUCUCUGUGUGUGUGAUGGCGUCCCUUUCCCCCCUCCCCUUCUCCACUCUUCCCUUCCCCUUUCCCCUCUCCUCCAUUCCCUCCUUCUUCCCUCCUUCCCGCAGACUUUUUUUCCCUCUUCAACAGAUCUUAAAAGGGGAAAUUAUCAAUAUCCCGAAGUGAAGUAUUUUGAAAGCGUUAGUUUGCGAGGGAAAAAAAUAUUAAGUGUUUAGGGAAAAAAAAUAAAUGAGUAUAAAGUCCUUUGGUGUGAUUUUUAGGUUAAUUAUUAUUUUUUUUUUAUUUUAUUUAUUUAUUUAUUUUUUUUUUUAUGGAUAGUGUGUCUUAUGGUGAUGUACUCUUCUUAAGUUAAUCGGUUUGUUGCAUUAGAAGUAAAAUAAAAAAUGAUGAUGAUGAUGAUUACUGAUGGUGAUGCUUGUAUGUGCGAGUAAGUAAAAUAAUGAUGAUGAUAAAUACAUAAAAAAAAAUAAUAAAUAAAUAAAAUCUAAAUAAAAAUUGGUCAUUGGCAAGAUUUUUUUUUUUUUUCAAUACCCGGAGAGCGUUUUCUGUCGUGAUGAUUCCGUUUUCUUCCAUGAGUGGGUUAUAGUUACGGUUUUUGUAAUCAUUCUUAGGGCGUGUAUUGCAUUUUCUUUGAGUAUUACUAGUCCCUUACGUUUUCUGUGGUUAUUACUAGCGUGUGAAUUAUGUUUUCUUUGAUUAUUAUUAGCGUGUGGUCCGUUUUCUAUGGUUAUUACUAGCCUAUGUCUUACGUUUUCUUUUUCAGUAAGUACUAGCGUGUGUCUUAGAUUACCGCCUAAUGCAGGUGUAAUGAAGUACAGUACUAACGUUGUUUGUAUCGCUAGGAUUAGCCACUCAGUCAUCGGCUAGUGAAGUUAUUCAGUCCCAGAAUUAGAAGCCAAGCUGACGUACGUACUCCUACUCAACCAAAACAAUAAUGAUAAAAAAUAGAGUAAAAAUGUAUAAGGACCACAUGAAAACCGGUUACUUCAGUUUCUUUUUGGACUGAGUGAAGUUUUCUGCUUGUACCUGUUCGUCUUUCUUUCUGUUGUUUACUUGUCUUUUUUUUUCUGUCAGUUGGUAAAUAGAAGCGAACCUAACUUAACUUAUCCCAAAUCUGAGUUAAGUUGAAUUAGGUGAGUUAUCUAUCUGUACACUUACUUAUAUAUCUGUCUAUCUAUCGGCAUAUGUAUCUAUCCUUACGUAAGAAUAACCUAACUUAGCCCAUCCCAGAAGUGACUUGGGUUAAAUUCAGCAAAUUAUCAAUAUAUUUACGUUUAUCUGAAGGUAACCUAACUUAACCUCACCCGGACUAAGGUGGGUUAAAUUAGGUAAGGUACCCGUCUAUCUAUCCACCUGUUUAUCUGUGUAUUAUAUCUAUUCAUCCAUCAAAGUAACCUAACUUAACCCAACGAGACCAAAAAUGUAUCUACUGUGUCUGGUCUUCAUGGGGUCCACAAAGUAACACUAAAAGGCCAGAAGUGUUUUGAUAAUAGAUAUAAACUCAAAAAAAAAAAAAAAUGUACCAUGGUUUUUGAGUUUAUUUUUCUAUCACAUAUUAUUUUCCGUUCGAAUAUACGAGCUGUGAUUUUUUGUGUUAUUUUUCUAUAGAGGCUACGAGAGUAUAGACGCUACCAGUAAAUAAAUAAAAUAAAUAAACACAAAAAAAAACAGUAAAUAAAAAAAGUAUAGAGGCAUUGAAAAGUGACCCCGUUGAGAAAUAUAAACGAAAGAAAGGUUGACAAACAGAUGACAGUCGCUUGUUUCCCGCCCUCCUUUCGAAGCUUCCGGCGCGCGCGAGUGAACCAGUUGAUCCGCUGCUGUCCUGUCUGUUUGUCUGUCUGUCUGUCUGUCUCUGUUUGUCUGUCUGUCUGUACAUAUUUUAGCCACGCGACGUCUUUCCCCCCUCAUUCCCCUCCCCCUCCCACCUCCGCUUUAAAGACUCUGGUUGCCCUUAACAGUGAAUGUGAUUACAACUAAGAAAUAUAGUAAUGAAACUCAA